AUGUUGGGGUUCGUUGAGGGAGUGUUCCUGCUUCUGUGUGUUGCUGAAUUCAUUCUGGGACUUCUGGGGAAUGGUUUCAUUGGGUUGGUCAAUGGCAGCAGCUGGUUCAAGAGCAAGAGAAUCUCUUUGUCUGACUUCAUCAUCACCAACCUGGCCCUCUUGAGUAUUGUUCUGCUGUGGGUUCUCUUCACUGAUAGUGUUUUAAUAGUGUUCUCUUCCAAAUUACGAGAUUUAAAUAUAGUAAUGAAAGUUAUUGAUAUUUUCUGGACAUUUACAAACCAUCUAAACAUUUGGCUUUCCACCUGUCUUGGUGUCCUCUACUGCCUGAAAAUUGCCACCUUCUCCCACUCCACGUUCCUUUGGCUCAAGUGGAGAGUUUCUAAGGUGGUUGUGUGGAUGCUGCUGGCUUCCUUCCUUAUAUCCUGUGUUGCUGCCAUAUCUCUGUUCAAUGAAUUUAAGAUGUAUUCUAUCAUCAGGAGACUUGAAGGCACAGGGAAUGUGACUGAGCAUGUCAGAAAUAAGAGAAAUGAAUAUUUUCUGAUGCAUGUUCUUGGGACACUGUGGAACCUCCCUCCCUUAAUUGUGUCCCUGGCUGCCUACCUUCUGCUCCUCCUCUCCCUGGGGAAGCACACUCGGCAGAUGCAGCAAAGUGAUACAAGCUCUAGAGAUGCAAGCACUGAGGCCCACAGGAGGGCCAUCAAAAUCAUCCUCUCCUUUUUCUUUUUCUUCCUCUUUUACUUCCUUGCCAUUUUAAUUUUAUCUUCCAAUCAUUUCCUACCAAAUAGUAAGAUGACUAUUAUGAUUAGUGAAAUAAUUAUGAUGUUUUAUCCUGUUGGCCACUCAUUUAUUCUCAUUCUUGGAAACAACAAGCUGAAGGAGACUUUUGUGGAAAUGCUCUGGUGUGAGUCUGGUCAUCUUAAGCUUGGAUCCAAGGGACGCUUUUCCCCUUAG